UCCCGUCGGUUCCUCUUCCUGUCACCCCUUCUGCCAAGUCUCCCAAAGCCACCACUUCGCUUUGCCAGCGGCUCUUGUUUCAAAGGCUAGGCUAGGCAGCCUGCCGUUCUCAAUCCUUUCACCUACAAGAAGAAAACGACUCUGAGGGAGAAAGCCAGCGGAGCCUCCUCUGUCCUCUCCAUCCACCAUCGACCCUCCCGCUGUCACUUGCUCAGGUAGCAGCUGCCCGUCAUGGUCAACAUCACUUAUGGGCUCCUCUCUGCCCCCACGGCCGAGUCUGACGCCUCGCAGAUCCUCUCGGUCAACGGCACUGACCUCAUCACCACCUAUGGCGAUGGCGAGAUCGCCGCAUACAGUCCCGGCGACAUUGCCUGGAUUCUUACCUGCACCACUCUCGUUUUCCUCAUGAUUCCCGGCCUUGGAUACCUCUACUCUGGAUUGGCGCGCCGCAAGAAUGCGCUGCAUAUGCUUCUCAUGACAAUGAUGGCCUUCACCGUCGUUUCCAUCCAAUGGGUCUGCUUCGGCUACUCUAUCGUCUUUUCGCCCACAGGUGGCACCUUCAUUGGCAACCUGAGGCACGGCGGCUUCAAAGACGUACUCAACGAGGCUGUCGGCGAGGCAAAUGACAAGAUCCCUGGCAUCGUCUAUGCGAUGUACGAGAUGAUGUUCGCCAACCUCGUCCCCGCCAUUGCCAUUGGUGCAGCCUGCGAGCGCGCCCGCGUCUGGCCCUUCCUCAUCUUUACCCUCAUCUGGACUACGUUUGUCUACGACUUUAUCGCCCACUGGGUCUGGUCGACCAGAGGAUGGGCCUUUAAGUGGGGCGUCCUCGACUACGCCGGUGGUGGACCCGUUGAGGUCUGCUCGGGUAUCACGGGUCUCGUCAUUUCCUACUACCUCGGCAAGCGCAAGGACUAUGGCACGGACCGGCUUCUGUUCAAGCCCCACAACGUCUCGCACAUUGUCCUCGGCACUGUGCUCCUCUGGUUCGGCUGGUUCGGCUUCAACGGCGGCUCCACUUUUGCUGCCAACCUGCGCGCGGGCAUGUCGAUCGCCACGACCAACACGGCUGCCUCGACAGCGGCGCUUACGUGGAUGUUCAUGGACUACCGUUUCGAGAGGAAGUGGUCCGUCGUCGGAUUCUGCACUGGCGCCAUUGCUGGACUGGUUGCCAUCACGCCUGCUGCCGGCUUCAUUGGCGUCCCCGCGUCGUUCCUCGUUGGCUUCUUGGCUGCGUUCGUUUCGAACCUCUGCACCAAGCUCAAGGUCUAUGUUCACUGUGACGACGCCAUGGACAUCUACGCCGUUCACGCCGUCGCGGGCUACGUCGGCCUCAUCCUGACGGGCGUCUUUGCGCAAAAGAGCGUUGCCUUCAACGACGGCUACCUCUCCAUCAACGGAGGCUGGCUCGACGGCAACUUCAUUCAGGUGCCCUACCAGAUCGCUUGGUGUGUUGCCGUCACGGCCUGGACUGCCGGUGUGACAUUUGCAAUCAUGUUCGUCCUCGACCACAUUCCCGGCAUCGGGCCCUUCCGCGCCUCCGAGACGGCCGAGAUCAUCGGUGUCGACGAGGAGCAGUGCGGUGAAUUCGCCUACGACUUUGCCUACUUCAACCGCGACUUGGAAGGAAACUACGAGCCGGAGCACGGCAUGAAGCUGAGCAUGCAGGAGCACAAGACCGGACCCAAUGGGACUGGAUCCACUGCUUCGACGUCGGCCAGCCCGACGGGCGAAGAGGUCGCUGGCGAGCCGGCGCCCAAGAUGGUGGAGCAAACCGAGAAGACGCAGGCUUGAUUUGUCCCCUCUCCCUCGUCCUCUUUCUCUCUCUCUUGCUCCCUCUAGCAUUACCUCUUUGCCUUAGAAGACCACUCACACUCUCCCGUCGCUUAACACUUCAAGCUUUCAUCUUUCAUUACAGAUUCCCUCUCUUUCUCCCUCUCCCUCUCUUCCCUCUCUCUCCAAAGCGUCUCCUUCACAUCCUCUCGGCGCUUCAUUGCUCCCUCUAACCCUCCGAAGCCCAUCACAUCCUCCUCCCUUAUCUUCUUGUUGUACUUAAUGGUUCU